UGGGCUUCAUUCAUAAGACAAGAUCUGCUACUGUGCACCGUAAUAUAGCAAGCGUCCUCCGGCGUUCCGUGAGCGGACUUUAUGGAUGUAUAUUUGCACGUUUGAUAAGGUCGGAUAACGGAGAGCACUGAGAGGAUUUACCGCUGAACCGGGGAGGACUUCUUCGCAGAUUGAACUGGUAGACCUCCCUCCCCCGUCUAAAAGCGGGGAACUGGAUUAAGAGUCUUCAUGCAACUUUUUUGGAAAGAGACCAAGAGCGUUUCACCGGGGAAUAACAAGAAGACUUACAUAGGUGACAUCGCUCUCUCUCCGGUACCUGCAGGUGUCGCGUUCUCUUUCGGCCCCCCCGGGGAGAUGUACCAAGGAUUUCCCGGCGACCCAGACAGCGGUUCCCGUGGAAGCUCGUCUCCAUCUAUAGAGUCCCAGUACCUUUCCUCCGUGGACUCCUUCGGGAGCCCGCCGACCACCAGUGCUCCACAGGAGUGUGUGUCAGCAAGUGCUGGCUUGAGCAUUGUGGGCAGCGGGCCAGGGACAAGUGGUGGAGGUGAGAUGCCCGGUUCAUUCGUGCCAACCGUCACUGCCAUCACCACCAGUCAGGACCUGCAGUGGAUGGUACAGCCAACCCUCAUCUCAUCCCAGGCUUCUGGACAGAGUGGCUCCACCGGGACCACGACCAUGACCCAACCAGCUUCACUGGUUGAUCCGUUUGACAUGCCAGGCCCGAGUUAUUCCUCGGGAUCUGGAUUCACCCCACCGAGUUCAGAAACUCCAGGGCCAGCAGCUGGCCCUGUCCGUCAGUCCAGAGCCCGAACUCGGCGUACACGAGAAGAGUCUGUGAGUGAAGAUGGAGAUGUUGGUGUGUUACUAACACCCGAGGAAGAAGAAAAGAGACGUGUUCGUCGAGAGAGGAACAAGCUGGCUGCUGCCAAAUGCCGAAAUCGCAGACGAGAACUUACAGACAGACUGCAGUCGGAGACAGACGUACUGGAGGAAGCAAAGGCAGAACUGGAGGCAGAGAUCUCAGAGCUACAGAAGGAGAAAGAGCGCUUGGAGUUUGUGCUGGUGGCUCACCAGGCAAACUGUAAGAUCCCAUACCAGGACCAGCCUCAGCAGGGCUCAGCACAGCUGCCUCCAGUGCAGUCCCAGCUGCCUCCCCAGGCCUUACAACCGCCUGUCUCCAUUGUGGGCUUGACUGUGAAGGAAGACUCUUUCUAUCUGCCUCCUGCCUACACAGCCCAUCCUGCCUCCACACAGUCCCAGCCUCCGGUUCAACAGCAGCAGCAACUCCAGCAGCAGCCUCAGCCUGGAAUAAUGCAGGAGGUAGAGUUCUCUAGUUCUUUUUAUGGCUCAAGCGAGCCAGCACCUGGUGGGCCAUGCCUUAUGGUCAACGACAGUGGUGGUGGUGGUGUUAACCAUGACGAUGCGGCCAUUGGCAGCUACAACACCUCAUACACAUCUUCAUUUGUGUUCACCUACCCAGAGGGAGCCUGCGGGGUCAGUGCCAACCAGCGGAACAGCAGUAGCGAGCAGUCGUCCGAUUCUCUGAACUCGCCUUCUCUGCUGGCGCUCUGACUGACCGACAGACACACGCAUACACAUGUUAACACACACGCACAUUAUUCUCGCUGGAAGUAGAGGCUGAAGUACACGCACAGUACCGAUCAGCCUCACCGAUUGAGAAAAAAAAUAACAACAAAAACAACCAAUGGUUUACAUCUGAUUGGAUUAUGAGUUUACACAUUCUGAAAUGUAUCCUAAUUAAGAGCCAUACAAAUAGUUGCACAUUAGGUCUAACCUUUAACAUUCACUAUAUUUUAGUUUUCUAUUACACUCGCAACUGGACAUUAUGGGUGAAUAAAACUGGGUUACGAAAACUGAGUCCAAGUUGCCAAUCUUAAGUUCUGUGGCUUAACAGAUUAAUUCACAGUGAAUUCUCUUAAGCUUGUACUCUGACUGAGUAAGAAACAACACGAUCACUCCGACAAGCACAAGCGCCCCUAACUUGUUCCCUCUGUCGGUUGCCCCUCUUCCAGUGCUCCCAUCCUUUUCCAUGCUUUUCUUCCUCUCGCUGAAUGUAUUUGUGCAAAUCUGAAAUAGGGACGAAGGACGCUCUGUUCAGGUUUUCUUCUCGUGGGAGACAGGCUGCUGAUCUCUCGCUCACCUCUAACUGUUCAUCUGCUCGACUUCCCUCUGCUUCUUCAUUUGCUGUUUGGACUUGGCAAGUUAAGGAUCUGAGUGUCACAGCCCGCCACUAAAUCUUGUGCUUUUUCCUUCUCUCGUUUUUUCUUUUUCUUUUUUUUUUAACAAAAAAACCACAAAAAAAAAAAAUCUUCUGACGUCUGCCUACCUGCUGUGCGACCCAUCUCUACCCAUCUCUGUUUUCUCCUCUUCUGUCUCUUUCUCCUUCUCUCUGAAGUCUUCGACCCCCGAGAGCCCGAAGACACCCUCCAGCCCUUGGGACCUUGAGUGAAAGCCGGCUCAA